AGGAGGAGAUGCAUUUUUUCCAUUUGAUGGCUUGUUGCCUGUCAGAGAGGUAACUAGAGAACCAGUUGGCGGAAGAGAUGGAUAGAUGGAGAUCAGAGAGUUUGGACAGGAGAAGAGUAUGUUAGACAGUAUCAAAGCCUUGGAUAAAUCAAGAAGGAGGGUAGAUACUAAGCAGCCAGAGUCAUGAGCUUUACUGACAGUUUCGAGGAAGGUGAGGAGAGGGGGGUGGUGGUACAUUGACCAGGUCUAAAUCCAUGCUGUGUGGGAGAAAGCAGGUGGUUGUCUAUGAGGUAGGGUAAUAGUUGUAGGUGAAUACAUUUUUCUAGAUCUUUUGAGAUAAGGGAUAAGAUGGUGAUUGGUCUGAAAUUAGGAAUGUCAUUGUUGUUGCCCCCUUUGUGAAGGGAAAUUAUAAAGGCCUUUUGGCAAAGUAGGGGUACAUAGACUUCUUGGAUUAAUGAUUUAUUAAGCAUGGAGAUGGGGAAGACAAUGGCAUCGGCAGCUACUUUUAGGAAGCAGGAAGGAAGCUCAUCAGAGGCAUUUGAACAUGGUUUCAAUUUCUGAAGGAGUUUUUUUAUGGUGGAGAUAGGGAUGGGUUUGAUAGUGAAGGGAGGGGGUUGAGAGGUGGUAUUGAUUGGUGAGGAAGAAAUAGGAGGAGGUGGAACUAGGGCAUUGUUGGGAAAGUUGCGGUUAGUUUGGCUAUAGAAUCAAUAAAGAAAGAGUUAAAUCUGGUGGCUAAGGCCAGAUCAGAGGCAUUUGGCUCAGGGCAGGAAUUGUCUUUUUUGCCAGGACUGAGGAGGGUACUGACAUCAUUCCAGAAUUUUUUAGGGUUAGUUUUGUGGUUAUUUUGAAGUGUGGAGAAGUAGGAUUUAUGGUUGGAUACAAUUCAUUUUUUAACUUUUUUGCGAAGUAGCUUAUAUUUGUUUAGAGUGGUGGGAGUUUUAUAUUUCUGGUAGUGUUUCCACACUUUGUCAUAGAGAUGCAUAAUUGUUGUAGUUUCUUUGGUUAACCAUGGGAAGUCUUACUUUUAACUCUUUUGGUUAUGGAGGGAGCAAAGCUAUUUAACAGGUCUAUGAAUGUAGUAUUGAAGUAGGCAACAGCAUUAUCUAUGGGGAGGGUUUUUAGAGGGCUCCAGUUUAUGUGUUUUACAGAAUCAGAGAAGGUUUCAGGGAUGAAGUUUUUUAGUGAAUGGGUAGAGAUGUAAGUGUGAGAUAGUUGUAUGGAGGAGGAAAGGCGAUGAGCGAAAGCGGGAAGAUGAUCACUAAGAGAGUUAGGAAGGGUACCACUAUUGGAGAUGUAAUGGGGUGAGAAACUAGAAUCCAAUCAAGAGUACUAGCAGAGGAGUAGUGCUUGGAGGGCCUAGUAGGAGACUUGAUUAGUUGUGUGAAGUUACAUAGGUUUAGGUUUUGAGGGGGAGUAGGAAAUUGAAUGGUGGUCCAGUUAAUAUUAACAUCGCUGAGGAUUAUGGUUUAAUUGUUAAUACUGGAGAGAGAACCAGGAGAGGAUAUACUCUAGAAUGGGGAUAUUGUCUCCAGGAGGUAUACAAAGAACAGCUAUUGAUAUAUGUUUGUGUCUAUUUAUCUGUAGGAGGGCCAGAGUUAGUUCGUCAUUGGCGAACUGGGGUAUGGGUUUAGUAUAGGGUGUAACUGAAAGGGAGGAGGAGAAGAGAAGAGCUACUCCACCACCUUUCUUAUGGGUCCUCUUGUUUCUAAUAAAGUUAUAGUUGGGAGGAGUGAUUUCAGGGUCUUUAAUGUGGGGUUUUAGCCAUGUUUCAGAGAUGGACAGGAUGUCUGGGUGGUAUGGAGUAGCCAGGCAUGGAAGUUAAGAACUUUAUUACAUAAACUUUAUGCAUUCAAUGUAGCGAAAAGAAGGGAUUUGCAGGUUGGGCGGGGGUAAGUAGGGGUGAGUUUGAAUGCUGACAGGGUGAAGGGCCAGGGUUAGGGUGAAUGUGCCAGAGAGAAGGAUGGUAAUAAGUUGAAGGAUCUGGGAAAGAGAGAAAUUUAGAGUGCUUGGUAUCAGAUUUGAGAGUCAGGUAAUGUGUUGGAAUUGGGUUGUUUGGGAUUGGAGUAGAGCAGCUGUGGACAGGAACAAGUUUAUAAGGGAAAAGGAGGCAGCUGUUGAAGUAAUAGAGGUAGGGGAGAUGAAGAUUAUGCAGUGUUUGUCAUAUAUGGGGUAUGGAAACGUUGUAUGAAAAGGUGGAGAGUGAGUUGCAUUAGGAGGACUGGUGAAGGUGAAGGUAGGAUAGGAAGAAAAGAAGAAGUGUUAGGGGUACUAUGGAGGUAGGUUUGAGAAGCAUAAUGGUUUAUGAGUAUUUGUAGAUUUGAAAGAUAGAAAUUAAAUGGAGAUGAGAGAGUGGGUGAUUAGUAAUGCUGGUGGGCAGGUGAUUAGUAAUGCUGGUUAGAAAGUGGAUAGCAGUUUAGGGCAAGUAGGGGAAUGGGAUUGGAGGGGUGGGGCUGAUAGGAAGGGGAGGUUGUGGGUAAGCAUGCUGUGGAGGAAAGUGGGGAGAUUUGUGAUUGGACCUUUUUUUCUGGUAGGUGUGGUUAUAUGGCUAUAAGUUUAGAGGUAGUAGAGGUGGGUGGAAUUGGGGGCAGGGUAGGGGAGCACUGAGAAGGUGUACUGAGGAGAAGAAGCCAGAAAAAAAAAACAAUCAGUGACACAGUCACUACCAAGCACAUGGUGCUGCUAGCAAGCUCAGAGGUAAGUGUGUAUAUUACUGUGCUUGUAGUCUGAACUCUAAGUGGCAAAUAACUACUUAUAACCACUAGUAGCAAAAAUCCACGGACAGUACUUCUUCGGGAAACACAGAAGCCCCUAGGGCUGUAAAAAAAAGUUUACUGUUUAAGUAUAAAGCAUGAGUGUGUACUGCCACCUAGUGGCGUUCUGGUAUGAUGAAGAAUUAAAUCUGUUUAUAACAAGGGAGGAGAUUGCAGACAGGGGAAGGAGUUGAGGAAAAUGACCACAGUAGAGUGCAAGAGUGCACACCACUGGUAACCAAGCAACAAGCAGCUUAAAGUUUAAAACGUUUUGAUAAAAUAAGCCACAUACAUGCUGGUGGAGUAAAGACUUUUUGCCACUCUGUGGAACUAUUCCUUUGGGGAGAUUUAAGUUGGCUGGCUGCUUUAGUGAGACUGGGGGAGCACCCGCAGUAGAAAUAGACCCGAGUGAGCUGAAACAAAAAAGAGAAGUAGUUAGCAUGAGUGACAGAGCAGCUGAGUUUGCAGAGACAAACAUAAUAAAAUAGGGAAAGGAAAAAGAUAUAUUAAUAUGUAAGGUCAGCUACUGGUAGGAUAAACUAUGAAAAGACGGCGGUGUACAUAAAUAAGAAGGGUGGGAUGGGAAUAGUAUGAAUGAAAGAAAAGCAAUAGAUAGAAAGCAGGACAAGCCACAACAUUGCUCUAAGAUAGGUAGCAGCAGUAGGAGCUUAGUCACCAUUAAGCCUUACACCCAUUUGAGCAUAAGUGUAACCAAAUACCAAAAUUGCAAAGACAAGCCAUGUACAGGUAAAUAAAACAACAGUACAAGGCAUGUUCUGAGCGAGAUUGUGUUUGGAUUGGUUGUACAACCUAUAAAUAAAGUAUGUUGAAGAAGUCUAUGCUGGAAGCGUUAAAACUACGGUAGAUGGAAUGAAGCUGAAACUAAACGAUUUUAAACAAUAUUACAAGCAUAAGAGGAGGGCACAGCUGGUAAAGCAGAAUAUGUUUUAAUGGCCCAAGCACGUGCCGGGGGGAAUAGGAUGCUCUGGCAACUUUAUUUCUGUGAUCUAAAUCAGACAGAAAUGGCUAAAAAUGCAGAGUCUCGUUUAUGAGCAUUUACAUGCCCCAUUUAAAUGCAUAUACACACAAAAAAAUAGAGAAACACAUGGGAAUAUUCUAGCCAGGUCAAAAUGACAAUUACUAUUCCAACUGUUAACAAAUCAACAUAGCAGGACACAUUUACAGGAGAGAAAAAUUGCGCAUAUGGUUAAUUAAGUACAUUUCCAAAAAUGUUAUGCAUAAAAAACAAGGAAACAACAGUUAAUAUGAUUCUAAAGCAGCUAUAAACAUAUUUAAACACCCCCAGUCAUAACACAAAACCAUAAGAAGUUACAUAAAAAGCAUAGUCAGUAUGCUAUUUAUACUAAAUAUCAUGUAUUACAUAAAUAGCAACAGCAACUCCAGAGAUAUUUAUAGAUUUGGAAAUAAGAAAGAAAGUUUAGAGGUAGUUAGGGGAGAAGAAUAGAGUAAGUUGAGAAGGGGAGAUAGGGUGAUUAUAGGGGGAAGUAAGGAGUAAUGGAGAUAGAUGGUUACUAUGUAAAAUGGAUGUGGUCAGGAAGGGUGAGAACAGUGGCAGGUCCAAUGCUUUUUAAAGUACUCUUUGGUGGCUGAUUUUAAUUGUUUAGGGUGUGUGAGGAUCCUAAUUUCAAGUGGGAAUUUGUUCCACGCAAAAGAGGGAUGGUAGCUAUAUGUGUUGGACUCAAUUUUUGACUUGGUUUGUAGACAUUUAAUAGGUCUUGGGUUGAGCUCCGGAGAUGUCUUGUAGGGGAAUAGUGUGAGAUGAGGGACGAUAGGGAUGGACAGAAAGCUGGCUGAUAUAGAAUGGAGUGUAUGAUUUGGAGCCAAGAUUGGAGAAACAGGUGAGGUAGUUCAAGCCAGUUUAGGUAUUUUGUGGAGAGACAGUGGUGGGAUUUAUAGGUUUGUUGAGCUGCGAAUCUAGCUAUCUUGUGAUAAGUCGACUCUAGCUUGGUAAGUAGAAAGGAGUUGAGAUUUGUGAGUAUUUGGGAACAGUAUGUUAAGCAAGGUAGAAGGUAAGCAUGCGUAAGAGCAAUCCCAGCUUCAGUGGUGAGGAAUUUUUUAUUUCUAUACAGGAGUCCUAGCUUCUGAUGGGUUUUUCUGAUACAAUUAUUUAUGUGUUGAUCAAAUUUUAGUUGAUCAUUGAUGGUAAUGCCAAGUAGUUUUGUACUGGAUUCAAGUUCAAUGGGAGUAUUGUUUAGGGACAUUAUGGAGAAGGAAGAUUUGAUAUGGUUAACUGUUUUAGGAAGAAAGUCUAGCAAUUUUGUUUGGUCUCACAGAGGGGUUCCAGAUGGGAGUAGGUGUGCAUCAGAGUUCAUCUCUGAGCCCGUUGCUGUUCAUACUGGCGGUGGAUUACAUUAAUAAACAGGUCGAAGGGAACAGAUCAACAAAUUUGCUGUAUGCAGAUGAUGUGGCAUUAUAGGCAGACUGAGCAAGAACUUCAGCAAAUGAUAGGGCUAUCUUCCAUUCCCUUUUGGCACAAAGGAAGUGCAUCAUCAAUACAGGACAAGCUUAGAGUGCUGAAAGGAUGAUGUCAACCACACACACUCAUGUAAGCAAUCACACAAUGUGAAAAAUAAAUUUGUGCCUAGGACCACCCAGAAAGACAGAAUUCAGGCAAAUUUUCAGUGUCCAACCCACUUUAAAAUUCUAUAUGUACAAAUACACUUCAUAAUGUGAAAUUCUAUGAAAUCUAUUGCUACAUUUCAACCUACAAGCAUUAAAAAUCAUAGCACUGUCCUUUAAAACAACCAGUGCUGAGAGUCAGGGACAUGAGUACUUUCUUAAUUUUUCACAUUAGAAGAUAUUUACAUGCUACAAACCAUGUAUAGUUAGUUUUAGUAGAUCUUUGUAUAGGCUUAAUUUAAGCUUUUAAUAAAGUAUGUAGUCCUAAACAGAUAUGACUUUAUGAAAAGCAUCAUAAAUCUAGGAAGAACUGGGCCAGAUCUGAGUGCCCAAAUCAUAUUUUUGUGUCUAAAGCAUAGCAGCUGCUUGGUAUGCACACACACAUAGCAGGAGCAGGGCAGGCUACUCUGCUGCAUUAACUGUAACAAGAUUAUAAUAUAUUCGUAAGAAAAACAAAUAUGGCAAUUUUUUUAGUGUGAACAUUAAGAUGCUCAAAUCCCCAAAGUACGUACGAUUGAGCUCAUUUUCCCCCAAAUUUGUAAUAGGGCGACCACCUGCCGCGCGCGCACACAUCAACGCGCGCGGUGACAUGUUGUAUUUGGCAUACACUUGGUACACCCUUAUGGAAGCGACCAUUUCACGUUGUUCUUCUCUGUGUCCAUCUUUUAAACGGGAAAUAAACGAAAGGAUAGAUUUUGGGCGUUCCUGGUGAAAUAGGCUUCCCCAGACAAGGUAAUUAUAGAAACAGCAGUUUUCUGCUCCUUUCAAGUCUCCAUUAUUACUACGUAUUUCCCAAAACAGCGGAGACAAAAAAAACUUUCGUUAAGCUGCAGGUAAAUUGUAAAACCAUCCCGGGUAUAUUCAAGCAACUUGUUGCACAACAGGGCUGACCGUGUCUCUAACCCCAAUAGACACAGGGACGCACCUCCCUAGCAAGCAUCCCUGUACGGGACAGCAGACACUCUCGUCAGUGAUUGGAUAUCACAUGUGAAACUUUUGUUUCCCCUCCUAUAUUCUGACCAAUCAGAGGCAGAAAUAGUAAAGAGGAGGCGCGAUGCUAGUCAAACUGAUCGUGGUGGGUGGGCUCAUGGUAAAUGGGUGUUCGGCUCAGAGUAGGACAUUGCCUGGCACCCUGCCUGUGCCCGGUUUUCAUUUUGUAGGAAUUGUCUGCGCACGUUUGUAUGUUAAACAAGUGCCCCUGUUAUAAAAUACGUGUAUUCAUGUACAUAUCACGACUUUGUAAUAAGAGUAAUGGGCCGGGGGAAUGCAUAACCCAAAAUUUAAACAGUCUAUUGCAGUCCGAGUCUCAGAUGAAACGUAUGAAUGCUGUUCCUGUCCCAUUUUUGCAUUAUAUUUUGUUUUCCUUUUCCGAUACAUUGUUUUUAUCUUCGAGCAAAUCACCUCAUUAUGGCAAAAACCAGACGUCUGGGUUACAGGCUCUGAAACUGUGAGUGGCUAAACCUUGCGCAAGUUGCGCUGCGCCAGUAUUGCGGGCCUGGCUCCUCAGGACAGAUCAGGUGGAAGGGGGUGCAGGCAGGUUCUCACUGUUAGUCUUGGCCAUCGACAUGACUUGCUUGUGUAUAUUUAAGAGUUGCAUAGUAUCUCUGUUUGCCUGCAUGUGUGUAUGUCUGUCUCUCUCGUGACUGUCCUGUAACAUACUGUCCUGCAGGCAGUCGGUUAAAAUGUACCAUUUUGUUUCUCCCCGUCCGACCCCACAUCAAGCUGUAGCAAUGCCAAAGUUGAGACGCGAUCGCUGCGUCUGCUUGGUCGCCAAAGGCUCCUCUGAAUAAUUCAUCUGUGUUCCGGGACAAUGACUUGGUGCACAGGUGUGCAGUGCUGCGUAUGAAUGCGCGCCCAUCAAAGUGAGUCUUUUGUUACUGUGGGCAAGGCGCUCAGCACUGGCAACCUUGUUCCCCUGAUGAUACCAGCCACUCGCCCAGGACUUGCUGGUCCCACGGAGCGGUGGCACUACACCUACUCAUCGUCUUUCUUUGCAGAAUCGCUGGCGGGGUGCAUCACAGUCAGCGAUCACGGUAUAUCGCCCAGCCUCAGGACUGAAUCCGGCUUCGCCAUAGUUAUUUUUCAGGAGCAUAAAUGUGCAUCCUUUUCUCUCGGUUUAAUUAUAAUUAAAUGAUGUAUCUAAAGCAACCAUUCAGCUGGUACUUCGGUUGGUCGAACGGACCAGUCCUGUAUAAUUCCUGGGUCUCCAUGGUCUUUUGCAUACAGGUGGGAGCAACCCUUUGAUUUUAGGACUGCCCACUUCAGCACGGCGGAGGAGAGGCACAGAGGCGGCAGGGGGUUUUGCAUUUUGGGAUAGGCAGUAGGCUCUUCAAACAGGUGGGGAAUUCUUUUCUUUAUAUGCAAGAAGGACACCUUUUUACGUACGAUCAUCGAAACACUUUAUAUUUAAUUAUCACCGUAUAUUUACAGCGUGUAUAUUUAUUUGUUUAAUUUGCCCAAUGGCUAAAAGACCGAUCGACUGGGAAAAGAGCUCGGAGACGGACAUGUUCGUCCAGUUCCAGGACUGGUGUCUCAGGACUUAUGGAGACUCGGGCAAAACAAAGACAGUGACCCGGAGAAAAUAUGAGCGGAUCGCCCAGGUCCUGCUUCGUGGAGGUGGAAGCGAGCCCAACUCUAAUGACAAUGCCAAAUUUAAAUUCUGGGUGAAGUCCAAGGGGUUCCGGCUUGGCGAGGACGACCUGAAGAAUGGGACACAGAGUGGAAGACCCGUGGUGUAUGUGCCAGUUAAAACAACGAGUGGAGAUGGACUUUCUGCCCAGGACUGCACCUCUCUGAAGCGGGUAGCGGUGGUGGAGGAUUUUUUUGACAUCAUUUACUCCAUGCAUGUGGAGGCAUCAGCUGAACCAGGCAAACCCCCAAAGCAUGCUGGUCAGAAGAAAACCUACAAAGCGAUUGCUGAGACCUAUGCUUUCCUGCCUCGGGAGGCAGUAACUAGGUUUCUCAUGAGCUGCACUGAAUGCCAGAAGAGAAUGCAUAUCAACCCAAAUGGAGCAGACACCAAAGAGAAUGAAAGGCCUUCCACGCUGGUGUCUGGAGUGAUUGAUUACAACAUGCCGCUUACAGCAACUUACCUGAAACAGAUGAAGCUGCAGUUCCUGAACUCACAAGACCCAGAUGAGAGUUCUGAGAGCAGUGAAGAUUUUGAUAUGAAUGACUCCACAUGGAUUUCAGGUGACCAAUGUGGGACCUCCGACCUUAGCCCCAGUCAGGAAGAGAGAAUGCACAGCCCACAAAAUCUCCACAAUCAAGAGGAUGAUGAUUCCUCUUCAGAGAGCUGUAGUGGGAAUGGCUCAUCUACUUUAAACCCUUCUACUUCGAGCAGCACUCAGGGGGACAACACCUUUCCAGAAAUGAUGAACGGUAAUGGUGUGGUCGCCCCUAUUGACUUCAGUUGUACUUCCUCUGAGGAGCAACCCAUCAAUCUCAGUGAGAGGAUACAGGGAGGCCAUAUGACAUCUUCCUAUGCAUCAGAUCCAGAUAUUCUGCGAAACCGAGUAAAGUACACAGUCAGGGUGUCAUCAGAAGCACGGAUAGAGAGAGAUUCAAGAGAGUAUGGGAGUAAGUCUCCUCCGUACAGUUCAGGAAGCUAUGAUUCUGUAAAGACUGAAGUAAGUGGCAGCUGUCCUGAAGACUUGUCGGUCAGUAGAGCACCAACUGCUGAUGAUGAUGACGAUGACCAUGAUGAUCAUGAGGACAAUGACAAGAUUAAUGAUUCAGAGGGGCUGGACCCUGAACGGCUAAAAGCAUUCAAUAUGUUUGUUCGGUUAUUUGUGGAUGAGAAUUUGGAUCGCAUGGUGCCAAUUUCAAAACAGCCCAAAGAGAAAAUUCAGGCCAUCAUUGAGUCCUGUAGUCGACAGUUUCCUGAAUUUCAGGAGCGUGCUCGAAAGCGCAUCCGCACAUACCUCAAAUCUUGCAGGAGGAUGAAGAAGAAUGGCAUGGAAGUAACACGACCUACACCUCCUCAUCUAACCUCAGCAAUGGCAGAAAAUAUUUUGGCAGCAGCUUGUGAAAGUGAAACACGCAAAGCAGCAAAACGGAUGCGACUAGAAGUGUACCAAACCAUACAGGAUGAAUCUACUGCACUGGACAAGUCACUCCCUCGUGACACAGCUUCACUUCCACACUCUACCUACUCACUUCCAGCCUCGUCUUACUUUCAGGAUCCACUCUACAUUAAUGGAAGCCUUAGCUACAGUUACCGGGAUUAUGGUGGUAUAGCAAACAGCCUGCAGACUGCUGCUUCUCUACAGACAAGCACCCAGAGCAAUGGCCCUACUGACCUCAGCAUGAAGUCACUGACAUCAAAUUCAGCAUCGUCCAAUACAAACAACAGGGGUGUACAGGCAGCACAGCUGAGUCCAACAGAAAUUACUGCAGUGCGGCAGUUAAUUGCAGGCUACAGAGAGUCAGCUGCUUUUCUCCUUCGGUCAGCAGAUGAACUGGAAAACCUGAUACUGCAACAGAACUGACUUUUUGACUAACUCCAAUGCAAGGAGUAAAGUAACCCAUAAAAAGAGAACACUCCUUUUCCACUGAGAGGACCUGCAACUUGCAAGAAACCACUCCACACAUCUUACCUUUGAGACUGGACAUUUGUUAUGAAAGUAUAGGGUUUUAGUCACAGAUCACCAAGGGCUAUUUGUGAGCGUUUCAACUUAAAUCUCAUCAUGUCUGCAGGACCUUAUCUGUGCAGCAGGUUGAUAUACAGAUGAGAGUGAUGGACAUUUGGACCUGCUCAUUUUAGAAGACCACUGGGAUCUGUAAUCCACAGAUUUCUUACAAAGAAGUUUAUGUAAAAGUUGGAAAUCCACAGCUUGUAUUUUGUCUUUCCUGAUUGAAAGUCAAUGACUCAAAGACUAGUUUACAGAAGAUCCUCUCGUACCAUUAAUUUAAUUUUAUGAUGGUAUGUAAAAAGAUGAUAGUGGUCAGAAUUAACAUGGUUGCUUGGAAAAGUGGCAGAAAAUUCCCUAUCUGUACAAAAAAUGCUAUUGGAACAGUGUACUGGGAGAAUUUUGCUGGCAUUUUGGGUGGACAUGGGUGCAUUUUGCCAUUUAGCUAUGGAACUUUCUGUGCACCUAUCUCGAAGUUCUGUUGCGGGGACCAUGUAAUGAGGAUGACUUAUUUUGUCUGGAACUUUCUGUGCAUCCUUAUUGCAGUUUUUUGUGGGGGCCAUAAAAUGAGGAUGUUUUGUUUUACCCUGUUAUACAAAAACAGUCAUUAACCCAUUGCUGCUAUGGACUUCAUAUUGCCAGACUUAAUUCUCAGACCUGUUGCCAGCUUGGUGUAUAACUGCACCUUCAAACCUGCACCUCAGUUCUCACAUUUGCUCAGUCAGUCUUCAGAAUGUGGUUUAAAUUGACCUUAUGUGUUCUGCAUUUGCACUCCAGUGUGGGUUCCAGUCGAGACUGAAUUGAUCACAAGAAAUAAAGUCUCAGAACUUCAAAAAUCUCACUUGGAGCCAACAUCCUAUACCAAUUAAAAUUGGGGAACUUUA